AUGAAGAAAAAAAAAGAACAAAAUGAGGGAGAUCUGCCGGCCGGCCGGGCCCGCAAGCGGGUGGCCAGUCCCCUUCCACGUCACCAGUGGCCAGCCAGUUGUGGGGCAAGGAGUGGUCGUACACGUAGGAGAAAGGGACUUGAUUGUAGAUGUAAUAUUACUUACUAUAUAUUCACCCGAAACUUCGGCGCACAAGCGAUGUGGGACUAAACCCGUCACACCUUCCCCAGAAAGGGUUCGAUGAUUUUAAUACCUAAAAUAUCCCUUAUUUAUAAAAAAGAUAUACUAUGAUGAUGUCAUUUGAUAUGAGCAUUAGAGUACUUAUGUCAAUCUCUCUCAUUCAGGUAGACAACUAGCACGAUUUCGAAUCCUCCCAAAGCCAAAACUCAUAUUUUUUAUUUGAUUAUCACGACUUUCCUGCAGAUCGCUAGUGAAAGAUUAAGCCAUCAAAAUUGUUGGAGCAUUGUUAUUAAAAUUAUUGAACAAUUCACGAUGAAAGGAUCACGAAUCCAUCGAGUAAAGCAUCUCCGAUUAAUCAACAAACAAGCCAUCAUCAGGAAGAGGGCGAUCCGUCGGCAGAUGAGUCGCCACUUCCUGAGAGCGUACCAGAUGCAAUGAAGUGCCUCCUCUUGCUGCGUGGACCUGAGGAUGAAGCUCCUUGACACGCGCCCCACCUCCAUCCAACUCCUCUCCAUCGGGUGACAGUCAUCGGAGAGCCGCAAAGUCGUCGUUUUUUCGCUCCACUGGGUGACAGUCGUCGGAGAGGAUUCGAUGACCCAUUUCAUUGAUCUCUAGACUUCACAAGGAGAUCUAGAGAUUGUCCACGUCGUCCUUGUCCAAGGAGAGCCUUCCAGGCCGUGGACACUACACCACAAUCCUCCCGCAUACUUAG